CAAUAUUCAGAGUAACCUGUUCACUCAAAGUUCUAGUUCGUUUUAACAACACAAUCAACAUGAAUCUUAAUGAUCUUCCUGAUAUUUGUUUGAUGACAAUAUUUGAUAAGUUCGAUGAGCUCGAAGAUCUUAUAUCUUCCUCUGCAGUUUGUUCAAAAUGGCGGAAAUUGGUUCAGAUUCGCUAUGAGAAAAUCACUGCGUUAACAUUUGUGUCAAGAAGAAAGAUAUUAUCUCCGCCUCACAAUAUCUACACCAAGAGUUAUCUAUUCAUUGAGAAUAUAAAUAUUGCCGAAGUAUUUCCGAACCUCAAGCUAUUGGAAGCUCUUCAUAUUCCUUCUACUCCUCACACAUGUCCAUGCAGAGUUAUAGCAAAUGUAUUGUCAACUGGGAAUCCACUGCGGUUUAUCAACUCGACUUGUAUGCAAAGAUCCAGUAGAUGGUCUUGACCUUCGUGAAUGUGACGUUGACCUUGACCAACAAAUAGUUAAACACUGUGGUAAUCUUACUCGACUAUUGGUGGAUGAUUCUGGAUUCCUGAAUCUCUUUUUCAAUAAAUACAAAUUCGGUGAAAAGUUAGAAAUGUUUGGUAGUUUUGGUGGAUCUUACAUAAAAACUUUCAACACUUAUGCUAGUCGAAUGCCGAAUCUUAAAAAGCUCUUUGUAAAUGAUCUUAAAGAACCAAACCCAUACCAAGUGUAUCCAGGAGUAGAAAAAAUCACUUUCGAAUCACACUGGCCAGGAUCUCCUUUUGUAUGGCCAUCGUGCUUCCCUGAUUUACGAAGUUUACACAUCAGUUCUCAUAUAAGUUUAUCGAAUUAUGUUAGGCCACCAAUAUACAAAAAGAAUUACAAUGUUCGAAAAGUUUCCAUUGUUCUUGAACCAAAUCCAAGAAAUCCACGUACUAUUACAAAAAAUCUGAUCAGAGAUGUCGCAUUUCAAUUCCCUAAUUGCCUAGAACUGACGAUAUUUUGUCGAAAUAAUGUUUUUACGAAAAAUGAUCCAUUCAAUAUAAUCAAGACAAUGCCGAAUUUAUCUCUUCUUCGUUUAAGUCCAACAAAUUUCAAUGACCUUGGUGAUGACAUUACCGAAAAAAUCGCAGAUUAUUGCCGACAUGAAAAUCGAAACCUUGUAUUCGAAAUAGUCGAGGAAAGAGAUUAUGAGAAAGCACAUCCCCUGAAUAUGGGCACCAAGUUUUUUUUUGCCUUUUAAAAAGUCCCAUUAAGUAUCUUGUAAGUAAAUGAAAUGAAUUUAAUUCAUGACCUUGAUCCAGUUAAAUCAAUACAAUCACAAGAAAAAGGGUUAACCAGAAAAAGGAGAUUUUUGUAAACAGAAAACUUCCAUUGGGAAGAAAAACUUCAUUUUGUAAGAAGAUGAUGAAGAUCAAAGAUGAGAACAGAACAAAUAAACAAAUCAAAUCACCAACAAUUAAGAGAAAAUUAUAAAAAAAUAGUUGAUUGUUGAUUAAGAGAAAAUGAAAAACCUUCUCUCGAAUGAGAAUCGAAAGUUUUCAAUCAAUCAAUUAGAAUUAAUUAUGGUGAUAUUUGGAGAUGAUUUGGUCGACCAUUCAAUUGAGAUUUUCAAUAUUGCCAAAUACUCAGGACCACCAUGUGAAUCACCUAAUCCUUGUUCAUCAUCUUCAUCUUCAUCAUCAUCAUCAUCAAAUUCAAUUUGUGUCCCACAAUUUGAUGUUUUCUCUGUAAAUGUAAUCACUUUGGCGAUUACAAUGAUAAUACAUGUGAUUCUACUGAAAACAAAGAAAAAAUCUACCACGAAUAAAAUUAAAAUACU